CGGACUGACGCAGUUUUGCCUCUUGCUCGGGAGCAGAAGCAUCAACAAAAAUAGAAAAUUCGGACGCGAAAAUCGAAAUAAUUUUGAUAAUUCUAGACCCCUAGCUUAGUGAGGUGAUACGCGAAGGUAGUGAAAUUAUGAAUGACCAUUCGAAACAUUCGGUGGAAGUGAAAAUCGAGAAGCAAGAUGAUCGUCCCGCUGGUGGAGGUGGGGGCGGUGGAUCGCAAGAGGCAACCCGUCAAGACAGCAUCGAACGGAUUUUGCAGCGGAAGCAAAGAGUCUUCCAGUUGCCGAGGAAUCAAAAGCUGACAAAGCUAUCUAUGUAUUCGGCUUGCCGCGGGCCGGAUUGUCGUUGUACGGGUUGGAAGACGCCGGAAGAGAAUCGGCACAAGGACGUCGAGGUGGAUUACUGUCCCAGCUUCAAGGAAGAGUGCCGGAACCCGAACUGCAAGCAUCCGCUCGAGAUGCACAUUGCCCAUCUGGGGGAGAUUAGCGACGAUCAGAUUAACGAGCUGUUAGGUGCGAUUGUGGAUGUGGAGAACCUGUACAUGAGUAUGCUGCGGGAGACUGACACCGACACGAAGAAGGUUUACGCGUAUCUUUUUCGGCUAUUGAGACAAUGCAUCCUUACCAGAUCGCAACCGGUGAUUCGAGGUCCUCUGGGCGACCCUCCAUUUGAGCAACCGUCUAUUUCGAAGGCAGUAACGAACUUUGUGCUCUUCAAAUAUAGCCACCUGAAUCAGACAGAGCUGGAAACUAUGACUGAGGUGGCUAAAACCUUCCUCCAUUGUCUGAAUCAUUGGAAUUUCGAGGCUCCGAGUGCCCGCAAGGAUCUGAGUCAUGAAGACGCUUCGAACUAUAAGAUCAACUACACUCGCUGGUUGGUGUUUUGCCACGUUCCGGCAUUCUGCAGCUCCUUGCGCCAUUUUGAGACUUCCAUUGUCUUUGGCCGAACGCUGUUGAAAGCGGUAUAUCAAUACGUGUACCAACAGCUGUUGACCAAGUGCAAAAUCGAGAGGGACAGGAUGCCUCCGGAGAAGCGUCUGAUGUUGGCUCAACUGCCCAAGUUUCUUGAAGCGCUAAAGCACGAAGUGAUCAACGAAGAGUCUCAAAUAUGGGACCAAAACUUCAAACCAACGGCGUCGCUGAUGCUACAGAAGAAGCGUCAACACGAAGCAGCUACUUCCUCUAGCGGUAAAAAGUCCAACGACGCCAAGCGAUACAAGAAGGACUCCGACUGCGAAGAUCUUCCGGACGAUGUGGUGGUCAAAGCACUGAAACGGCUUAAUGAUUCGAACUACACCUGUCGGACGGAGGUCGUGUUUCCCCCGAAUGCGCCGAGAGAUGAAGCGGCGAAGGCGGAGGAAAACCGACGGGAGAUCGAGUUUCACGUUGUGGGCAAUUCGUUAACCAAGCCGGUCACGAAGGAGUCCAUGCUGUGGCUGUUGGGGUUGCACAGCGUUUUUGCCCAUCAGCUUCCGGGAAUGCCGAGGGAGUACAUCAGUCAGCUGGUGUUUGAUCCCAAGCACAAAACCCUGGCUCUGGUAAAAGAUGGUCGCCCAAUUGGUGGAAUCUGCUUCCGUACAUUCGCCACACAGGGAUUUACCGAGAUUGUGUUCUGUGCCGUCACCAGCAGCGAGCAAGUCAAGGGCUACGGUACCCAUCUGAUGAACCACCUGAAGGACUACAGCACACAGCGAGGAAUCAAACACUUCCUGACCUAUGCCGAUGAGUUUGCCAUUGGGUACUUCAAGAAGCAGGGAUUCUCCAAGGACAUUAAGGUGGCACGUCAUGUCUAUGCCGGUUAUAUUAAGGAAUACGAGGGCGCUACGCUGAUGCACUGUGAACUGCAUCCAAGCCUGAUUUACACUCAGUUCAGUUCGGUCAUUCGGAAGCAGAAAGAGAUUGUUAAGGAACUGAUUGCUCAGCGUCAGCAAGAGGUUCAGAAGGUUCAUCCUGGAUUGACGUGUUUCAAAGAAGGGCUCCGCAGCAUUCCCAUCGAGUCCAUUCCGGGGUUGCGCGAAGUCGGAUGGCGACCACAAUUCCGCACUCAACGCACUGCUCGCCCGCUGGAGGAGUCGGCCGAUCCGGACAAGCUGUCGAACGCCCUGACCGGCGUGCUCCAGUCGGUGCGACAACAUUCGGCCGCUUGGCCGUUUCUAAAACCGGUGAAUCCUACGGAAGUGCCGGAUUACUACGACCACAUCAAGUACCCGAUGGACCUGAAGACAAUGGGCGAACGGCUGAAGAACAAGUAUUAUAUUUCGCGUCGGUUAUUUAUGGCAGACAUGGCACGCAUUUUCACAAACUGUCGAUUAUAUAAUUCACCCGAGACUGAAUACUAUCGUUGCGCCAACACAUUGGAGCGAUACUUCCAGACCAAGAUGAAGGAAAUCGGCCUGUGGGACAAAUGAUGUACGCCCACCACAGCAGAAUUGGCCAAGAAUUCCGACCCGGAUGAAGAGGACGACGAUGACGACGACGGAGAUGGCAAAGACGGUGGGGGAGGAGUAGGAGGAGGAGCAAGUAACGACAGGGGACAGAGGAAUCCAACUGUAGCUGGGAAGAAACCCGGCUACGGGAUGAAAACCAAACCGACGCUGGCCAUGAUGCAGGAAGCUAUCGCUGGCGUGGAGCACGGAAAAGAUCUGAAAAUGGUGACUGGUGGGCUACCGGAUUUGGGAAAUUUGUAAAUAUGAUUUUAUUUAAUAACUUAGUUGAUAAAUUCAUCUUAGUAAAAACGUAACAGCUACUCCGAGUACGAAUAGGAGUUUACAAAAUAAUAUAUUGUGUACCACGUGUAACGGUAUAAUACAUAUUAGGACAUUUUAUCAUACCUAUAUUGACCCCUAAUUCCAAUAAAUCAUUAAUGUUGAUGACACAAACA